AUGAGUAACAGUGACAAUAAAAGCAUCGCUACUGAACUUAAGAAUCUGAAAGAAGCAAUUAUCGAUCUUUAUCUUGCUAUUAAGAUAAGAUCUACAGAGGAGCUCGAUAAGAUUGAUGAGAGCCACCUUGAAAAAGAAAAGAAAAAACUUCUAAAAUAAGAUGGAUUUCAGAUUCUAGAGUAUAUUAGAUCAUCCAUAGAAAUUAUAAUGAAUUUGAAGAUCGAAGACUUGGAAAAGGAGAUGAGCAUGAAGAAAUAGGGUGAUUCUGGCAAUGAUAUGAAUAGUUCUAGUUAUUCUGUAACCUCAGCCAGUUUCGUGCAUGCUAGUAUGAAAGAAGCAUUGGCGAAUUCAUAGCAUGGCCAUGUUGAAAGUCAAAAAGGAAAUCUUGUAAGGGAUGACAACAACAGUAAAAAGAAUUCACAGCAAAGUGAGGAGCCUCCAAAAGAAUAUGAAAAAAUGCUAUAAAAGCUAGAAAGUGACAUCCGAGGUCAUAUAAGGCUUGAACAUGAGAUGAAAAUUCAUUUGGAUUAUUUAGAAGGUAGAGUUGAAGAGCUAGAAAAUCAAAACGUAAAGUUUGAAAAAGAGAAAAAGAGGCUAGACAAGUAGUUUUUAACUCAAGAGGAGAAAUUCAAGAUUUUGACGUAGGAAACUUAAGAUUAGAUUAAGGCGAUAACUAAAGAAAAAAUAUAAUUCUAAGAGAAAUUUGAACAUACUAAUAAAUAGUUACAAGAUACUAAGGUAGAAUUUGAGAGAGAAAUAGAUAAAUUUAAAACCCUUGCAACUAUUCAACAUCAAAGCAAUUAGAUUCACAGCGGAAUGAGCAUGAAUUAACAGAAUAUUUCAAUGCUCCCUAAUGUAAAUCUUAACUACUCUGUAGACUAUUCAACUCUUCCAUAAAAUUAGCACUCAGCUUAAAGUAAUCAUAAUAUGAACAGUAUUUCAUAAGUAAAUUCAUAAGUCUAAUCAAACAGCUUAUUCAAUGAUAAGAAUAUUUAUUAAACUAUAAGCGAAAUUCCCAUAAAUAAAAACUAACUUCAGCUGCUAACAAGAAAUGGCAAUAAUCUGAUUGAAAAAAGAAACUUUAUGGUCCUUGGGCAUCAUAGUACAAAAAAGAGAAGAAACGGUUCCUCUAAAGACAGAUAAUCACUUAAUAGCGGUAGCUUUAAUGGCUUAUUGGAUUACUCUAAUAGGCAAUCAAACAAGAAUAUUGUAUAGAAUGUCAAUCCCUAUAUGUUUGAUUCGGCUUCAGGAAAGAAAAGCAUUAAGAAGAAAUCUGAAAGCAUCGAUUUCGUAAGUAUAUAUUCAAUUAACUCUUAGUAUUAGAAUCAGUUCGGUAUUUAAACGAAGAAGAAAAAUAAGAUGCUUAGGAACUCUUAAAACUUUUAAAAUGGUAGCAUGAUGCCUCAUCAUUAAGGACAUAAUAAGAGUAUGAUAGAUGAUUAAAAGUGGCUUAUGUCAUCUGCAGACAGCGAUCAAUUUAACACCAAUUAGUUGAACUCCAAAAAUAUAUUUAAUGAUUAUCCUAAUGGAUAGAUAAGCGUUAACUAAACGAUAAACGUUGAUAGCAGAUAAUAAGUCUAAUUUUUAAGCAAAUCUCAAAAUAAUUAAGCUAUUCCUAGAAAUCAGCUAUAGUCAUUUGAAAAUCUCAGCAAUCCAGUUUCGAAUUCUAGAUACGGCGGAUCUUAAAUUCCUUCGUCUAAUUCCUUUUAAAAUACAAAGCAGUUUAACUAAAAUGUGCAGUAAUAUAAGAUUAAGCAAUCAUUAGUUGACUAAAAUUAAGCUUAAAAUAGCAACUAGAAGAAAAAGAAUUCAGUAGGCGCAUCAAAUAGAUAAUCAAUUGAUAUGAGAAAUAUUGGAGCAAUUAAUUUAAACCAUAGCUAAGUGAAUCUUUAAAGACAAUCAUCAGGGAACAGACCAAGUUCCCAAUUAAAUAAGUCAGGUACUAAUUUCAAUCAAUAAAACUAAGGGAAAUAAUAACAACUGGUUAAUAACAUAAAAAUCAAAGAGAAAAGUCAAAGUAAACUAAGAAAUAAUAAGGAUGAGUUCAACACGAUAACACAUUCAUUUACUUAAAAUUCUCAAUUGCAAAAUCAAUCUUUUAACUAGGGAACUCAUAUUAAAGAAAACUAGGGAAUUAUUAAUAAUAGAUCAUUAAGCAACAAUCAAUCCAAGUUCAUUAAUCACCAAUAAUGA